GAGACCCGGGGAGGCCGCUCCGGGGGUGCGCCCCGCGCGCUCCGCCUGGACCCUCCCCUCCUCUCCUAUCCCCUCCCCUCCAGGGUCCGAAGCCAGCGAGAGGGCUGUGGGCGGGCAGAGCCGCAGGGGGCGUGUGGCGGCGGCAGGAAGGGGCGGGGGGCUCUAGAGCACCCGGCAGGAAGAGACGAACCCACCGACCAACGCGAGCCCCGCGCGUCCGCACCUUUGGAUCCCGCCAUGUGGGGUCUCCUGCUCGCCUUGGCCACCUUCGCGCCUGCCGUCGGUCUGGGUCUGCGGACGCCCGGCACCUCCGUGCUGGGACUUGCGCCGCCCGCUACGACCGAGGCCUGGAGCCCGGCUCGUGGCUCGACCCCGGCCCCGCAGAGCAGCCCAGUCCAGCCGCCCUCGGGGAAGGAUAACGGGACCUCAGAACCACAUGUCCGGGUUCGCAUCGUCAAGAAGAAGAAGGUCAUUAUGAAAAAACGAAAGAAACUAAUUCGCCCCAGACCCAUGGCGACUGCCAGGCCUCCGGUGACCACCACCACUACAGGAGCCCUUGACCUCCCAGAUGAGCAGGACCCAGGCUGUCCCCCUUUGGGCCUGGAGUCCCUGCGAGUUUCAGACAGCCAGCUCGAGGCGUCCAGUAGCCAGUCCUUCGGUCUUGGACCACACCGGGGACGGCUCAACAUUCAGUCAGGCCUGGAGGAUGGUGACCUCUAUGACGGGGCCUGGUGCGCCGAGCAGCAGGACACCAAGCCGUGGUUUCAGGUGGAUGCGAGGCACCCCACCCGCUUCUCAGGCAUCAUCACACAGGGCAGGAACUCCAUCUGGAGGUACGACUGGGUCACAUCAUACAAGGUCCAGUUCAGCAAUGACAGUCAGACGUGGUGGGGGAGUAGGAACCGCAGCAGUGGGAUGGAGGCGGUAUUUCCUGCCAACUCAGACCCAGAGACACCAGUGCUGAACCUCCUGCCCGAGCCCCAGGUGGCCCGCUUCAUUCGCCUGCUGCCCCAGACCUGGCUUCAGGGAGGCGCGUCAUGCCUCCGGGCAGAGAUCCUGGCCUGCCCAGUCUCAGAUCCAAAUGACCUAUUCCCUAAGGCCCCUGCACUGGGAUCCUCUGACCCUUUGGACUUCCGGCAUCACAAUUACAAGGCCAUGAGGAAGCUGAUGAAGCAGGUGAACGAGAAAUGCCCCAACAUCACCCGCGUCUACAGCAUCGGGAAGAGCCACCAGGGCCUGAAGCUGUAUGUGAUGGAGAUGUCGGACCAGCCUGGCGAGCACGAGCUGGGAGAGCCCGAGGUGCGUUACGUGGCUGGCAUGCAUGGCAAUGAGGCACUGGGCAGGGAGCUGCUCCUGCUCCUGAUGCAGUUCCUGUGCCACGAGUACCUGCGAGGGGACCCGCGAGUGACCAGGCUGCUCACUGAGACCCGUAUUCACCUGCUGCCCUCCAUGAAUCCUGACGGUUAUGAGACUGCCUUCCGCCGGGGCUCGGAGCUGGUAGGCUGGGCCGAGGGCCGCUGGAACCAGCAGGGCAUUGACCUUAACCAUAAUUUUGCCGACCUCAACACGCCCCUGUGGGAGGCAGAGGAUGAUGGGUUGGUGCCUGACACCGUCCCCAAUCAUCACCUGCCCCUGCCCACCUACUACACCCUGCCCAACGCCACUGUGGCUCCCGAAACGCGAGCCGUAAUCGAGUGGAUGCAGCGGAUUCCCUUCGUGCUGAGUGCCAACCUCCACGGGGGUGAGCUUGUGGUGUCCUACCCAUUCGACAUGACCCGGACCCCGUGGGCCGCGCGUGAACUCACGCCCACCCCCGAUGAUGCUGUGUUCCGCUGGCUCAGCACGGUCUAUGCAGGCACUAACUGGGCUAUGCAGGACCCAGACCGCCGACCCUGCCACAGCCAAGACUUCUCCUCCCUCGGCAACAUCAUCAACGGCGCCGACUGGCACACGGUUCCUGGGAGUAUGAAUGACUUCAGCUACCUGCACACCAACUGCUUCGAGAUCACCGUGGAGCUAUCCUGUGACAAAUUUCCUCAUGAGAACGAGCUGCCCCAGGAGUGGGAGAACAACAAAGAAGCCCUCCUUACCUACCUGGAACAGGUGAGAAUGGGCAUUACGGGAGUCGUGCGGGACAAAGACACAGAGCAGGGGAUUGCCGAUGCUGUCAUUGCUGUGGAAGGGAUUAACCAUGAUGUCACGACAGCAUGGGGCGGGGAUUACUGGCGCCUGCUGACCCCAGGGGACUAUGUGGUGACCGCCAGUGCUGAGGGCUACCACACAGCCACGAGGAAGUGCUGGGUUCCCUUUGAAGAGGGCCCAGUGCCCUGCAAUUUCCACCUCACCAAGACUCCCAAGCAAAGACUUCGAGAGCUGCUGGCAGCCGGGGCCAAGGUGCCCCCAGACCUUCGGAGGCGGCUGGAGCGGCUGAGAGGGCAGAAGAAUUAACAUGUGUCCAGGGGAAAAGCCCUCUAGCCUUGGGCAGGCUGGACCUGUCCGGAACUGAAGGAGGGAGGGACAGAAUGGGGGAAGAGGUGC